AUGAACCUGAGCGAAAGGAGCACCAAGGUAAGUGGAGAGGAGGUCUUCAUGCUUCUCGCAGGUCCACUUCCCAGUCACCCUGGCAUGGUUCAUUCCGAGAAGGGCAUCUUUAAUUGUGGUGGUCCCAUCCCUCCUGAAUCUGGACUGUACUUUGACUACCUCCGGGAAAAAGGUGUAACCCAUUUCAAAGUCCCACUGUCCUGGCAUCAGCUCCUACCAUCAGGCUUCCCUAGCCAGUCCCAACAAAUGGUGGUCAGCUGCUACCAGACUCUUCUUAAACAGAUCUUGACUGCAGGUCUUCAGCCCUUCAUCAUCCUUCACGGAUCCACUGUUCCGGAAGCUCUAAGGUCACAGUUUGGAGGAUGGGAAAGCCGAAAGUUGCAAAGGAUGUUUAUGCUUUAUGCGGAGUUUGCGUUUGGAGAGUUUGGGGAGCUUGCCCACUCCUGGGUGAUACUCAGUCAAUUGUAUGACGUUUGGAACGAGGGACCACCAAACGAUGAGAGCUAUCGGCAAGAUAUCCUCCAUUUGAUCCAGGACAUUUACCGACUUUACCAUCGUAGCUUUGAAGGUAAAAAUGGCCGCAUUUCCGUAGGGUUGAGGUCAAGUGAUGUCGCACUUCUUUCACAGAUCCAAACUUCACACACAGCAGACUUUCUGUCGGUGCACUUUGAAUCCGACUGCACCGCUACGUUUAAAUUGACUGAGGAGCUGACCAGGUUGCAGAUUACUGAUCAGCAUCUGCCUAUCCUGAUAUACAAGAUGACAGCCUGUGAUUCUGCUGAUAGUCAGUUACAAGUCCUUGGUAAUUUUUUACAAGCACUCAACAGCAAUGAUAUGACAAUAGAAGGAUGUGACAUGAUGGACGUGUUAGGCAAGAUGGACGUAGAGGACCUGCCUACAAUUAGGUACACCUUAUAUUUAGGAAUUGCAAACAGCUAUCAGACUGUCUGGGAUAAAUUUGUUGUCCAGCAUGAAUCUGAACGUGACAUUUUCCUAAAUGAAUCCUUUCCCUCAGAUUUCCAGUGGGCCACCUCCAGUGAGUCCUUCAAAGUGGAGGGUGGCUGGGCUGAAGGUGGGAAGGGAGAAACCAUUUGGGAUCGCUUUGGUCAUGAAAAUAAAGUUUUCGGUAAUCAGACAGCUGAUCAAGCCUGUGACAGCUAUCACAAGGUAGACUACGAUGUGUACCUACUUCGAGGUCUUCAAGUCAACACCUAUCAGUUUUCCAUCUCGUGGGCACGUAUAUUCCCUACAGGAUAUCGAAGGAGCCCGUCUCAUAAAGGAAUACUCUACUAUAAUAAACUACUCAGUGCUCUCAUUGAGUCGGGAAUACAACCGGUCAUCACCUUGUACCACUGGGACCUGCCACAGGGCCUCCAGAAUCAGGGUGGCUGGACCAACGCUUCUAUUAUAGAUGCCUUCAAGGACUAUGCAGAUUUUUGCUUCUUCACAUUUGGUGACAGGGUCAAGAUGUGGAACACGUUCAGUAGUCCUUGGGUAGUAAGCCACUUUGGCUAUGGGGUCGGCAGUGAGCCCCCUGAAGUCCAAGAUUAUGUUGUGGCCUCCUACCAGGUGACUCAAAACAUAAUCAAGUCCCAUGCCGAGGCUUGGCAUAUUUACAACGACAAAUACAGAUCCAGCCAAGGUGGCAAGGUUGGCGUCGCGUUAAACUCCGACUGGGUUGAGCCCUCGGACCCAACAAGACCUGAAGACGUUUUGGCAGCGCACCGUUCCCUGGAAUUGACACUAGGGUGGUUUGCGCACCCUAUAUUUGUUGAUGGAGAUUACCCAGCAAUCCUCAAGAGUCAGAUUGAGAAAAAGAACAAAGAAUGUCCUCAUGCGAAACCUGCAAUUCUGCCAGGUUUCACUAUCCAAGAAAGUCAACGGAUCAACGGAACAGCAGACUUUUUUGGUCUAAACUAUUACACAUCGCGGCUGAUUAAAAGCAGUAAUGGUGGUUGCACCAUGGGCCCGCAAGGGGUGGGUGACUUCCAGGACCAUGUAGACCCCUCUUGGACGCCUACAGCUUCAGAUUGGAUCUAUUCUACACCCUGGGGGCUACGAAGGCUUCUUAACUACAUCAAUGUGGAGUACUUGAAUGUUAGAAAAGUACCUGUGUACAUAACAGGAAACGGCAUGCCAACAGAGGAUGGCAGAGACCCUCUAAAUGACACCAGUCGGAUAGACCAUUUAAGAAGGUACAUCAAUGAAGCUCUGAAAGCCAGACUCCUGGAUGGGGUGAAUGUGGGGCGGUUCACUGUGCAGUCGCUAAUGGAUGGAUUUGAAGGGAGACAAGGCUACAGCCAAAGAUUUGGGCUUCAUCAUGUCAAUUUUGACGACCCAGACAGACCGAGGACCCCUAAACAGUCGGCGUACUUCUAUUCACAGGUUAUAAAACAAAAUGGAUUUGGUAUAAGCCAUGGAAACAUUUUGAAAGUGACACCAACACAAUUUAAGCCUCCCUUGAAAAACUUCUUGCCUCCAUCAGAGGUUCCGUCCAAGUCAAAAGUUACAUGGGAGAAAUUCUCCAACCAGUCCACAUUUCACCGGAAGCUCUACCAUUAUGGCACUUUCCCACCGAGUUUCACCUGGGGAGUCUCUUCGUCCGCUUACCAGACUGAAGGUGCCUGGAAUACCGAUGGCAAAGGAUUAAGUAUUUGGGACACAUUUACCCACAAACCAGGCAGCAUACCGGGUAACGCCAACGGAGAUGUGGCCUGUGACAGUUACCACAGAUUCAACGAGGAUCUCUACAUGCUGCGAGCUCUACAAGUGAAGUCAUACCGAUUCUCCUUGUCCUGGUCCAGGAUUUUUCCUACAGGUCUACGAAGUUCACUGAAUCCGAAAGGCAUUGACUUUUAUAACAAAGUCAUUGAUGAUCUUCUGUUAAAUGGCAUCACACCAAUGGUGAUGUUGUACCAUUGGGAUCUCCCUCAAGAGUUGCAAAACAUGGGUGGCUGGGAGAAUUCAAGCAUGAUUGAAAUUUUUGCAGAUUUUUCAGAUUUCUGCUUUUCUACUUUUGGAGACAGAGUGAAGUUUUGGAUGACUUUCAACCAGCCGCACACCAUCGCUUGGUCAGGAUACGGACUUGGACAGAUUCCGCCAAAUGUCAAGAAACCAGGAACUGCACCCUACAAAGUUGCGCACAACCUCAUAAAAGCCCAUGCUAAAGCUUACCGUAACUAUGAUGAAAAAUACCGGAAAUCCCAAGGUGGUCUAGUUUCCCUCGCCCUGGGUUCUGACUGGGUAGAACCAAUUGACGCCAACGCUCUCCGCGAAGUGGCAGCUGCCGACCGUGCUAUGCAGUUCCAGUUGGGUUGGUUCGCACACCCCAUUUUCAAGAAUGGCGAUUAUCCUGACGUGAUGAAGUGGCAGGUCGGAAACAAGAGCGAACUCCAAGGUCUAGCAGAGUCCAGACUACCUAAAUUCACAGAAGAAGAAAGGAAGCUCAUCAGAGGCACUGCCGACGUGUUCUGCUUAAACCAUUUCACCACCAAGACAGUUAGCCAUGCCACGGAUUGGCUCACACCACUGACCUAUGAAUAUGAUCAGGAUCUGUCACAAAAAGAAGAUGGCGAUUCACCAACCACUGCCAUCAAAAACCAGAGAGCUGUGGCCUGGGGCUUAAGAAGACUGCUUAACUGGAUCAAAUACGAAUAUGGAGAUCCAGACAUCUAUAUCACUGACAAUGGGGUCGCCACAGAAUCAAAGACAAAGUGGGAUGAUUCAGCCAGGGUGUUUUACUUCAAAACCUACAUUGACGAGGCUCUGAAAGCCUACGAUCUGGACGGUGCGAAGUUGAAAGGCUACACAGCAACAUCUCUCAUGGACUCAUUUGAGUGGCUCCACGGAUUCAAAGUGGGAUUCGGGCUGCACCAUGUCGACUUCGAGGAUCGAAACCGCCCAAGAACACCCAAGUACUCCGCUCAUUUCUAUAAUCGAGUCAUCAAAGACAAUGGAUUUCCUACACCAGAUGAUGAAAAAAUACUUUAUGGAAAAUUUGCCCAAAACUUCAUCUGGAGUACUGCAACAGCAGCCUAUCAGAUCGAAGGAGCAUGGCGGUCCGAUGGAAAAGGUCUAAGCAUUUGGGACAAAUUUGCCCACACGCCUCUCCGUGUGUCCAAUGACGACAACGGGGAUGUCGCUUGUGACAGUUACAAUAAAAUUGAUGAGGACGUUUCCAUGUUGAGGCAACUAAAGGUGACACAUUACCGUUUCUCCAUAUCCUGGCCGAGGGUUCUUCCUGAUGGCACCACCAACUAUGUAAACGAAGCUGGACUCAAUUACUACAGUCGGUUGGUGGACGCCCUUAUUGAUGCAAACAUCCAACCUCAUAUCACUCUGUACCACUGGGACCUUCCUCAAGCUCUUCAGGACAUCGGCGGCUGGGAGAAUGACACCAUUGUGCUUAAAUUCCGGAAUUACGCCAAUCUCAUUUUUAGCCGGCUAGGUCACAAAGUCAAAUUCUGGAUUACCAUCAAUGAGCCAUACAACAUUGCAAAUGUGGGUCACGGUUAUGGAGCUGCUGCACCAGGGAUUAGUUUGCGACCAGGCAGGUUGCCGUACAUUGUGGGCCACAACUUGCUGAAAGCUCACGCUGAGGCCUGGCAUUUAUACAACGACGAGUACCGAAGCAAACAGGGCGGAAUCAUUUCCAUCACCAUCAAUUCAGAUUGGUCAGAGCCCAGGAACCCUUAUAAGCAGGAGGACAUUGACGCUGCGAGGCGUGUGGUGCAGUUCUACAUAGGCUGGUUUGCCCACCCAGUCUUCAACGGAGACUACAGUGACAUGAUGAAGAGAAUCAUUCGAAAAAGAAGCCUCGAAGCUGGCCUGCCAAAAUCUAGGCUGCCUGAAUUCACCGCAGAGGAAGUCAAAAGAAUCAAGGGUACGUAUGAUUACUUUGGAUUCAACCAUUACACCACCGUCCUUGCCUUCCCUGUGGACUAUGGGAAACUUCAACACUAUGAUGCUGAUAGAGGUGCAGGUACAAUUGCAGAUCGCACGUGGUUGGAUUCGGGUUCCUCCUGGCUCAAGGUUUCGCCGUUUGGAUUCCGUAGGAUAUUGAAAUUCAUUAAAGAGGAAUAUGGAAAUCCUCCUAUCAUCAUCACUGAGAAUGGUAUCUCAGAGCGUGGGCCCGUGGAUUUGAAUGACUUCCAUAGGAGGUACUACUAUGAAAAAUACAUCAACCAAGUUUUGAAAGCUUACGUAUUGGAUGAAGUGGAUAUUAGGGGCUAUACCGCUUGGUCUUUGAUGGACAACCUGGAGUGGGCCACGGGAUUUUCAGAAAGGUUCGGCCUCUUCUACGUCAAUCAUUCAGACCCUAAACUUCCGCGAGUGCCCAAGAGCUCCGUAGCCUAUUACGCAACUGUCAUCACCUGUAACGGAUUCCCUGACCCUGCGACUGGGCCGCAUGAGUGUCUAAACCACGAGGUGGAAGGGACAGGCACACCCAGCACGUCUACUCCUCCUGUCAACUAUGUCUACUUCCUGGGUAUCUCUCUCUCAAGUGGUGAUGCAGAGAUUGGACUCUACACACUGUUGGCGCUCUUUAUCGUCACAGUGCUUGGUGUGAUUUGUUUAGCAUUUUCUUUAGGACACAGAAACAUUAUGAGGAAACGGGAAAUCUAUAGACUUCAUUAG